AUGGCUGAUCAGGCGCCUCCGGGGGUGAAUAUGCCCAAGAAGCGUGACCCGCGUUUGCGGCAGAUGCAGGCGCCGCAGCAGCAAAAGUUCUUCGACUCCGCCGACUACGAGGUGCGCAAGCAGCAGCAGCAGCAGCAGCCAUCGCAUCCAUCGCAGCAGCAGCAGCAGCAGCCCUCACACGGUCAGAUGGCGCUAAACGGCAUUCCGCGCCGCGGACCGGCGGACGGGCUGCAUCCUUGCACGGCAGACGGCGGCGCACCUCGUGGCAAGAACCCGCCACCUCCUCCGCUGCCAGAUGGCUACGCAGUUCCGAGUGUCCGACGAGCGCCUUGUUGA